AUGCGUCACGUCCCAGAUACAAUCGCAUUAGCUUUUAGUUUUCACUCACCGAUAUCAGUUGAACAUGUUUUGCCACAAAUUUAUCUCAAGUCUUCAAGACACAUGAAAGCAGCAAUAGUACGGAUACCAAUCGCAAUUUACUUCAAAGCCCUAAUGAACAUGAACAGAAAUCGUGGGGAUCGUUGGAGAAAGAUGGCCGAGCUCGUAUUCUCCUUGUGUGUGAUUGACAAAGCCGAGGAUGUAGUUCUUGAUGUAAUAAUGUUAAAGUUCCUCGGAGACUAGUUGCAGCCGACCAACCAGACGCAUCUAUGUAGAAUAUGGCUGACCGAAUCUAUACCAAUCAAUGUUAUCUCACUAGAACCCAUAUGUUCCAUAGCAUGCUAAUGUAAAAUAUAUACUUGGUUAAUUAUA